CAUAGUUGUUUGGGAGGAGGCAUAGGAAAGGAAGGAUAUAGCCGGGCAUCUCGCAAGUGGAAUGCUAAUCAUCUCAAAUCCAUCUUAAAGGAACAACCCACUUAUCGUCCUAUUGAUUUUCAGAAGAAGCUUAAAGCAGAAUUUGGAUUGGACAUCCCUUAUCAUAGGAUUUGGUGGGGAAAAGAGCUAGCUCAACGUGAAUUGUAUGGUGAUACUAAAUAUUCAUAUGACCAACUCCGAUGGUAUAAAGAUAAAGUUAUGGAAACUAAUCCGGGAUCAAUUGUUCACUUAGAGCAUGAAGAUGGAAGAUUUACAAGAGUUUUCGUAUCUUAUUAUGCUUGUUGGAAGGGGUUUAUGGAGGGAUGCAGGCCAAUGUUGUUCUUGGAUGGUACUCAUCUUUUUGAUAGGUAUAAAGGAACCUUACUCGCCGCAACUGCGCUAAAUGGAGAUGGGGGAAUGUUUCCCGUAGCAAUUUGCAUAUGCGGGACGGAGAAUGAAAGUAAUUGGGAAUGGUUUUUGGAAUGCAUUCGAGACAUUCUCUUCAACGAUGAAGAUCCGUACACUCCAGAUGAUGAGCUGGUUUUAAUCUCCGAUAGGGACAAAGGGCUUCAGAAUUCCGUUAAGAAAUCCUUUCCAUGGUCGCAUCACUCUUAUUGCAUUGUACCACCUUUACGAGAUGAAUGUGUGCAAAUUAUGAAGAGGGCUGCUUAUGCAUACACUACUCGUUCCUAUAACAAUGAUUGCAACGAGCUACGGAACAAAUCUGAGAUCGCCUAUAAUGAAUUGUUGCGGAUGAGUCCAGAAAAUUGGGCUAAUAGCUAUUUUCCUGGGAAGAGAUAUGGAUGGUUGACAUCAAACCUAGCGGAGUCAUUCAAUGCUUGGAUCAAAGAAGCUCGUUAUUUGCCAAUUACCCAAACACUUGAUAAUAUUCGUAAGAAAAUGAUGAGGAUGGGUUUCGAAAGGCGGGAGGCAUCCCACAAGUGGACCACAAUAUUUGUUCCUACUGUGGAAGAGCACCUCAUUCAAAUCAAUGAGCAAUCACGUUGUCUUUUUGCUAUUCCUUCUACUACGGGAAGGUAUGAGGUCUAUGAUUUCCCUACCGUUGAAGUAGAUUUGAAUGAGCGUACAUGCACUUGUCGUGAAUGGCAAGUUGUUGGGCUACCUUGCAAACAUGCUCGUACUCGACCUCCUCGUUGA